AUGUUAUCAUUAAUAGUAGCGUCGGUUUGCGUAUUGGGUAUAUCAGCCCAACACCAUCCCUGGGACCCGCAGCCCGGGGAUGGCGGUGCCGUUUGGCUUAAGAAACACGAGGCUAUGGUUAACCAAACCCGUGACCAUAAGGCCGAAGUGGAGAUCGUAUUUGUCGGCGAUUCAAUCACCGAGCUAUGGGCCGGCAAUGGAAAGGCUGUCUGGGCCAAGUACUACGCGCCCCGACACGCGUUUAAUUAUGGCAUCGGCGGUGACCGGACUGAGGCCGUCAUCUACCGGAUUCAACACCAGGAGUUCGAUGGACUCGACCCCAAAGUCACGGUCGUUAUGAUAGGCACUAACAACGCGGCCCCCAAUACGGCGGAGGACAUCGCGCACGGCGUUAACGAAACUGUAACUGAAUUGUUGAGCAAAAUGCCGAACACCAAGGUCAUUCUGUUGGGCAUAUUGCCCAGAGACUCGUUGCACGACAAAGUGAAACAGGUCAACGAGAUGAUCAAGAAGUUGAAUAACGAUAAGAAUGUCUUCUUCCUGGACAUGUGGUCAGCCUACGAGACUGACGGUGUAAUGCAUACAGAGCUCUAUGAUAAUCCUAAGGACAGACUACAUCUCAGUACUAAGGGGUAUGAGGUGUGGCAGCAGACUAUGGAACCACUGCUUAAAAAGUUGGACCCAACCCUGUAA